AUGGCAAUCCAAAUUCUGACCCCUCACAUUAUGCAUGGAUGGUUGACCAUGGUUGAUCAAUCUCUUCAUGGAGUUCCUGUUUCUAGUUCAAGGGGUCUAGCUGUAAACCAAUUUUCACAGGUGGGAACAGAUGGAUCUCCAAUGCUGCAAAUGUCAACCAAUAGUAGUUCUUUUCCAGGCCAAUAUACUGGUUUGCAAGAUCAGGAUAGUGUACAGGAUAGGACAUUGAUAUCUGGACUGAGAUUUCAGAAUGAAAAUAUGUUUGGACCUAGUCAAGCUCUAAAUACUGGGAUGAAUAUGGAGAGCCUCCAACAAGAGAAUCCCAUGCAAAGAAACACAUUUCAGCAGGACUUCUGGGGAAGGCAAGAGCUCUCUGUUCCGCAGGAAUCCUUGACUGAAAAAUCAACAAAGCAAAUUGCUUCUCCUCAGAAUGAAGGUUCCCUGGAUCCCAUGGAACAAAAGAUUUUGUUUGGUUCAGACGAUAAUGUAUGGGCUGCCUUUGGCAAGAGCAAUAAAAUGAGUGACGAAACCAGUAAUUUAUUUUAUAAUGGUGGGUUAUUGAAUGGAGUUCCUUCUCUUCAAAGUGGUAGUUGGAGUGCCCUUAUGCAAUCAGCUGCUGCAGAAACUUGUAGCAGUGAUAUAGGUUUGCAGGAUGAGUGGAGUGAUCCAAUUUAUAACAAUGCUGAAGUCCCUUCAGCAAACAAGCACCCUUCUUUAUACAAUAACCGUGGGAAACAAGAGGCAUCUUUGGCUGGUGACAAUGUGCGACAGCCUUCUACAAUGGGUUUUGGAUCUGCUGCUCCUUGUGAUGGCACCAAGACUAACAAUCACCAUCUGAAUUUUAUGGGAUUCAAUCAAUUUGGACCCAAGUUUCAAGGUGAACCUGGUCAAAGACUGCAGUCUAAGAUGUCUCAAAGGCUGGUGUUUUUGGAGGAAGAAGGCAAGUGGUUGGAUAACAGUUCAUUACAAAGAGUUGCUGAAGGGAGUCAGAGGAAUAGGAAUGCCUCACAACCUUCUCUUGAUAUAGAGAGAAAUACAAAGAGCAUUUCUACUCCUUCGGCCCAUGAGCACAGCGGAUCUGGACAACAACCAAACAGUUGGAAUGCAUCGGCAGUUGUCUCCUACGUUGGAGAUCAGGUGGUAAAUGACCGUGAGAUCGGAAAGUUGACACUAAAUUCUCAAAGCAAUUCAAUAAGGCCAAUACAAGGAGAAGUAGGUCACAGACAUUCUUCAUGGAAGUUAAAUCCUACUCCUAGUUCGACCGUUGAUGAAAAAACCAGUCCAUUUUUUCAAAAUAAUUAUUUAGGUUAUCAAUGGAAGAAUGCCAACUCUGUGGUUAAAUCCCAGGGUAAUGAUGGCUUGGGAAGAAUGCUGCACCAGGUUAACAAAGGCAAUAAGGACGCAGUUGAAAGACAUGAGAUGAAGAAUUAUGAUCUGAAGGAGAAUUCAAAUGACAGCCAUCAGUCAAACUUAUCUCUGUACACUUCUGCUGGUUUCACGGGACAUAGGAUGUCAGGUGCUAGUGAUUCUCGAUCUCUGGCCACAGAGAAGCAAAAGUCAAUUAAUGAGCAUGGCCGAAAAGUUUCCAGUCCUCACAAGUUCCAGUAUCAUCCCAUUGGAAACCUGGAUGUGGAUGUUGAACCUUCCUACGGUUUCAAGCAACCUACCCAUGUACAGCGAAUGACCUCACAGACUAACGAGUUGGAGCAGUCAAAGUUUCUGGGUCAGGUUCAAAAGAAUUCUGUAGUAAUGGAAAAGGGGCAGUCUUCUGAUCUUCAAAUAGACAGUAAAAGCCCUGAUGAGGGGCCAUCCAUUGAGAACCAGCCUGGCCAUGGCAGAUCUGUUGAUACACACACAUCAAACAAGGCUUCUCCAUCAAGUCAAACAAUGCUGGAUCUUCUUCACAAGGUGGAUCAAUCGAGGGAAGGUAUUGUGACACAGUUUGAUUCUUCAAAAUGCAAUGAACCAUCCCAACUGCCUGAAGCAGAAAACUGGGAUGGGAUAGUUGGUCGCCUUCAAAAUACGAAGUCUUCUGCCUCUCAAGGAUUUGGAUUACAACUCGGUCUUCCAUCUCAAUGCAUGCAGAUACCUGACCGUUUAUUGUCUUCUCAGAAUGCUCAACAUACUUUUAACUCCUUGCAUUCUAGUCAUGCCGCUGGAGAAAUUGGAGAGAAGGACCAGCUGAUGGCUCCUACACCCUCAGUUCAAUCAUUUCCUUUUUCUAAUGAACAUUCCCAGGUUAAAUUUGGAGAUAUCAAAUCUGAAUCUCCUUCAAAUUUUUCUUUUGCACUCAAUUCCAGUUUUCCCUAUUCAAGUCAUCUUCAAAAUCAACAUAUAACUAGGACAUGUGGACAUAGAUCUCAAAAUAUUGAUUUGUCUUUCAAUAAGAAUGCUUCCCUCUCCAGUCAAAAAGGAUCUGCAGAGGCCUUUUCACCUGAUGUAUCUGGCGGUACUUCACAUGAUAAUCCGGCUUCAUUGGAUGAUACAUCGCAACGAACUGGAACUAAUGAUCCACAAGAAAGAGCGUCAUCUUUAACAAUGUCAGCCAAGGAUCAUGUGCCUGCUUCUCAGCCUUUUUCUAGGCCUGGCAUUUUGCAACAUGGUGCUUCUUCACAAAUUGGGCGUAAUAUGUGGGCCAAAGUUCCUACACUCAAAAAUACUUACAUUGCUCCAUAUCACAAUGUGUCAUCAAAUUUUACAGAGUCUUCCCUGCCAAAUAUUGUGGAAUCAAGCUCCUCCAUUCCCCUGGCUCGAGGUGAUCAUGACGUGAGAAAAGAAAGGAAUUUCCCAUCUGAGUUUGGUGCAAUUCCUACGAACACUCAAGGUAUCAGUGGGGAAGAGGAAAGGUUGAAGGGAAGUUCAGGUCAGCAACUAGGCAAAUCAGCCUCCAUCAAGAAUCCUUCUGAUGAUUCUCAUGCAAAAUCUGCUUCAAAACAAAAGGAUAUUGAAGCCUUUGGUCAAUCUUUGAAACCAAAUAGCUUCUCUCACCAAAAUUUCUCCUUACUAAAUAAAAAGCAAGCCAUGAAGGAUGCAGAGACUGAUUCAAACAAUAGGGUCUCCAAAAGAAUGAAAGGACCAGAUAAUGGUCCGAGUGUUCAUCAAGUAGCUUUGAACACAGAGCAGUCAAAUGAACACAAUGCUCAUAUUGGAGAUUCAUUAGGUUCUAAUAUUGCAUUUUCCUCUGGAGAGCCAGCUGACUUAUUGGAAAGUAAAUUAUCUUCUCAACAUGUAGAUACAGCUACAAAAAUUGGUUUUGGUCAAGAUGUUUCACAGAGCAACUAUCUUAGUGAUACUACAGCUUCUGUCAGUGUUGAGCAACAUCAUAUUAGUCCUCCGAUGGCUCCAUCCUGGUUCAAUCAGUAUGGAACUUUUAAAAAUGGGCUAAUGCCACACAAAGUCACCCCUUUAAAAACUGCAGAACCACCACCUACUCUUUGGAAGUCUUCCAGUAAUUUUCAUGCACCUAGUCUGGUGGAGCACGGGACUGAUGCCACUGUUGAUACAGGUAGAGUUGAUGGCAUCCAAAAUUCCGCACCCACAGUAGCAACUGGGCACAAGAAGCAGAAGAGUGCUACUUCUGAACUUCACACACAAAAUCUUCAGAUUCACAGUUUAGCAGAAGUAGAAUGGGCAAAAGCAGCAAAUCGUCUAAUUGAAAAGGUUGAAGAUGAUAUUGAAUUCAUUGAAGAUGGACCACCAAUGCAUAUAUCAAAAAGAAGGCUGAUCUUGACAACACAGCUUAUGCAACAACUGUUUCGCCCUCCAUCCGCUGCAAUAUUCUCUGCUGAUGCCAGUUCAAAUUAUAGAAGCGUGGCUUACUUCGUCUCUAGGAUGGCACUAUGCGAUGCACGCAGUGCAGUUUCUUGCUCAAGUAGUUCAGAUAUGGAUUGUAAUGGAAUAAACUUGCUUGCUGCUGACGGCACACCAUCAAGCAGGAAUGGAGACAAGCAUUUUGCAGAAGUUAUUGAAAAAUUGAUGGAUAGAACGAGGAAGCUAGAAAAUGAAUUCUUGAGACUGGAUAAUAGUUCAUCAAUACUGGACCUGAAAGUCGAAGGUCAAGAUCUGGAGAAGUUUUCUGUCAUUAAUAGAUUUGCUAAGUUCCAUGGUCGGGGACAAACUGAUAAUACAGACACUGUAUUGAUGAGCUAUGUCAUGGCAGAUACUCAGAAAACUUUCCCUCAGAGAUAUGUUACUGCAGUUCCAAUGCCUAGAAGUGUUCCGGACAGAGUAGAAUGUCUAUCGUUAUAA